GCUCAUCAACUUUUUUUUUUUUUCGUCUCCCUAUUGCUACUAAACGAGCCUUGUGCAACGCUAGUUAGCUACAUACAUUUCCCCAGCUGGUUUGUCAUCACCUUAUGCUGAAUACUGGUAUUCAAACUGGGAUUUGCAGUCGCUAAAACCCCCCAGCAAGUUCCCACAAAGUGAAGAGGAGGCUCCAUUUUUGUUUUCUCCUUCUCGUCUGGUCGGACACGGAUAGGGGAAGCUAGUCGCUGCAGCUGCUGCUAGGCUAACUCUCUCUCUCCCUGCCCAGGUGAACAGGGGAGCGAAAGGAAGAAAAACAGUCCAUCUGACACGACUUUCGUUGACUACAAAACACUCCCAGCAUGCUGAUGGUGGGAGGCGAUGGACGGAUGCACUAGAAUGAGUGUGAAGGAGCUGUGUGACACCGAUGACCUGGCCACCAGUUUGGUGCUGGACCCUUUACUGGGCUUCAGCACCCACAAGAUGAACGUCAGUCCUCCACCAGAGGUCCGGCGAUGGGGCAACCUUAAAGAGACCCUGCUACGCUUUCAACGUACGCACGACUUCAACGCUACGUUCGAGGCGCUGACGGUGGGAGAGCUGGCCGGCGACUACUUCAACGCCUUGGGAAGCCAUCGACAGGAACUGCUCAGACAACAUGUGUAUCGGUACCUCAGUGCCUUCCUGUUGGAGAGCGGUGUCAAAAUAGAGUCCUGUGACAGAUACUCCUCGGAGACCAACGGAGCGAAGAUAACCUCCACGAGACAAUGGUUUGCAGGGGAGCGGGUGGAGGUGCUGCUGGGCUGCAUCGCUGAGUUGAGCCCCGCCGACAGCGCCGUGCUGAGGACGGGGGUCAACGACUUCAGCGUGAUGUAUUCAACACGCAAACGCUGUGCUCAGCUCUGGCUCGGGCCCGCGGCUUUCAUCAACCACGACUGCAGACCGAACUGCAAGUUUGUCCCCGGUGAGAAGAACGGCGCUUGUGUUGAGGUGAUUCGACCCAUCUCACCUGGGGAGGAGAUCACGUGUUACUAUGGUGCCAGCUUUUUUGGGGAAGGCAAUGAAAUGUGUGAAUGCUGCACCUGUGAGAGGAAAGGAGAAGGCCACUUUAAACACAGAGGGAAGCAGCCUGAAUGUGAAGAAACAAAGGACUCCGUGGGGCAGAAGUACCGCCUGCGAGAGCGAUAUCUCCGACAGCACAGAGAGAAGGGACACCUACCUGCGAGGCCGAUAAUACCAGGAUUACACUCAGGUAUCUUUAAAGCCAUCCCCUCGAGGAAUUCCUUUACCCAGCAGAUGAGGAGGAAUGCCUUAAAGAACAGAAAACUGAGUCAAACGAAGCAGUGGAGACGAGAGAAGCACAGACGGUCAGGAAAGCACCCGUUGAAAUCCUCCGCAGCCAAACAGCAUCGGACAGUUCCACUUUUGUCUCAAGUAACGCUGAGGGACCUUCAAAUCAGAGUGCGGCGCCACUCGGUGGAUUUCCUACUUAAUUGUAAGGAUCCAAAAAGCAAAGAAAGGGCUUUGCUGCAACAACUGGAGGAAGUGGAGUCAGAAGCUAACCAGCUGAGUGGACUAAAUUCAACCAGUGCGAAAGAGACCGGAGAGGUAAACUUGAAGCCUUUCACUAUGAAUUCCUCCACGUCAGGCCAGCAGAAAAGUACACAGGCAGUAAGUAGCACAGCCCUCAAUGGGAAGUCUGUGUUGGAGGGGCGGCCAGCUCACUUACGGACCUCUUCGAGAACAAGGAGCAUGGUUCGGACCGAGCUCGAACUUCAAACAGGGUCCACCAACACAGUCGACACUACAACGGUUUGUCACCCUGCCGACUUAAACGAAACCUGCAGUGCAAUAAAACAAGAAAAAGUAGAAAAGGCAAUCACAGAGAGUCAAAGCAGACACUCGAGCAGCGUUGAAUCCUGCACCGUCGACACAGCUCCAAAUCCAGCCGCACAGGAAGCCGAGCACAAGACGAUCGGAGCGUCGCCCCUGUCGGACGUUCGACAGAGUGUGUCAGAUGGAUCUAGGAUAGCAGUGGACAAUCCACUCAUAUCACUGAAGCAAUACCUUACAGUCAACCUAACAAGGUUAUCAGUGCGACAGACUUUAGGAGUAGAAAAUACCUCAGAGGACAGGAAAGGAAGAGUGGUGCUAAGAGGAAGGAAUAGGCCGGCACAAGGCCCGAAACCGGUGGCUCCGGUAGUCCAGUCAGAACGAAGGGUGUCAAGAUCUCAGCAAAAGCAGGCAGCAAGUUCGGAGAUCUCCACAGCUGAAGGCAACAGAGGGGUGAGGGAAAUGUUUUUCAAGGCUGUUGAUAAAGUAAACCUGAGGAGGCGACAUGCAAGCGAGACGGUGGGCGAUUUAUCCGACAGCAAGAAAAUAGAGGAUGACAAGGUUAUCGAAAUUCAAACAGUGUCAGGAGAAGAAACGGGCUGUACACAACAGGAGCAGCAGGACAUUGUAAAAAGUCAGAAAGAAAACACUACAACCACAGUUACGGACUGUAAAGUUGACAAAGCUCCAGAAGAGGUGAAAGAGUCCGACUGUAAAAUUGUGUACAGUGAAAGAACUCGAGGACGAACUAACGCGCUGUGUGCUAAAAAUAAAUUACCUGAUGCGUGUGAGGAUGAUAAGGUUAUCAAACUGUCAGAGCAAACGGUUAUUAGUGCGACUCAACAACCAGUUAGUAGGCUUGAAGAAGACGUCGUCAUAGAGCAGGCAAAGGAAGAAGCGAAAGAUUCUGAAUGUAAAAUUGUGUCCAGUACGCGAACUGGAAGACGAAAUAAUGUGCAGUGUAUUCAAAAUAUAGUAAAUGAUGCAUGUAAGGAGGAUAAAGUUGUUAAACUGUCAGAGCCGACGGCUAAGAGUGUGAGUAAACCAGUAAGUAGGCACGAAGAAGACGUCGUCAUAAAGCAGGCGAAGGUUCUGUUAUCUGAUAUUUUAAGAAAAGAUAAACCCUUAAUAGAUAGGAGAUUACAGGGUGACAUUGUAGGAAGAGGGUUAUCUACCUCUGCUCUUAAAGAAGUGCAAAGUCUUGAGGAGGAAGCACAACAGACUGAAAUAAACGGAGGCAGGUACCAUCGCUCAGCGCAGGGGAGGAUUAUGAGACGAAAGAUGAGGCCAAGAGCAGCAAAAACAAAAGCAGAAGAUAAGCAAAAUAACAAGGGACAGUUGAGCAAGGACUCUCCAGCUACUCUUAAGACUCAGACGAGUGGAGAUAGUUUGCAGCUUCAGUCAACACAGAGACAUGAUAACCCACCGGCCGCCUGCCUCAACCCUCUACCUCUUAGGUCACCAAUUUCAGCAAAAGCUACGUCUAAUCUGCAUCCAGACAUCAAUCCGCAGGCACACAUACAGUCUAACAUACCUCUGAAGAAGCGUACAUUUCGAAGUUCUGUGGAAUUAGACCCUGAACAAGGUUUGAAUUCAGCUUCUAAAGAAAGCGCCGAGUUAAAUUCAUCCACAGAUGCGACGCAGGACCUUAACCCAGGUUCAGGGGAGAGUAGCAACGUUAAAAGAGAAGGUAAAAGAAGAUGUAGGAGGUCAGAACUCCAGAGGUUGAUCUGCAAAAGGACCACAAGACAAAACGUCUUUCAGAGAGUGCUUCGCUCCAGACCUAAUGAAGUCCAGAGAAGCCAAUUAUUUAGGAAAGUUCGAAAGUGUAAAUUAGAGAGGCAAGAUAAGAGUUACAGUGACAGCGCUCAGAUGCUAGAGAGUGAUAAGCUUCCAGGAAACAAACGAGCUGUUAAAAUCCAGCAGAGUUGCAUUAGGAAAAUAACUCGGAGUAAAUCUCAAAAGGAAAGCGAGGUGGAAAAGUUACCCCUCGAAGAAAGUGACUUGGAAGACACAAAGCCGGACAUAAAUUUUAAGAUUCGUUUCAAGAGGAGGAGAGGGAAAGUGUGGGAGAUGCAGAGUUCGGGAAUUGAGAAUAUGGCAUUAAAAACAGAAAAGGGAGACGAGUUGGUGACAUGCGAUCCUUUUAAAGCCAUCAUGGACUCUGUAAGCGUGUUAAACAUGGAGAUGGAGGCGGCUCAGGCUCACGUGCAGGCUAAUAAGAAGUCAAAGAGCUUGUUGCAUCGUUUGAAAAGAAGAAGCGCGAGGCUGUCUGAAGGUCAAAGCGUAAAUCUCCCAGCUGAUGCAAAAUCAGAGAAAGACCAAGACCUUGAAAAAGUUGAUAAGGGACCCAGCGAAAUUAUCAGUGACAAAGUAGAAGUGAAAGAGAAGAUUGAUAAAGAGAUUCUCUGUGGAGUCAAACUGCUUCCUGAGAAAAAAGAAAGCCUUAAAAGUGAUGGCGAGUCGGUGCCAGCCGUAGGGAAAGAAACUAAAAUUGAAGAUCGUUUCGUAAAGAAUUGCUGCCAGUUUGAAAGUAGCUCACAACAGAAACAGGAGCCUGAAUUUGGUUUUAAUGGUUUUCCAUUACCGGUAAUUAAACUUCGCAGGAAGGCAGAGGAUAUUUGGGAAGUGGACAGCAAGGAGGAGGAGCUCAGACAAACUGAAUUUAAAGUAGAGCCCAAAAUUAAGAAAGAGAUAAAGGGUCAAGUUUUAGGGAAAGGAAAGAAAGGUUUGCUUGAUUUGAACAGGCUGAAGGAAGAAUGUCCAUCUUCUCAGAGGCUGAACAGCAACUCGGCCGUUCUUAAAACAGAAACGCCUCCAUUUUCCUUGUCUCUGUCACCGCUGUCUCUGUCUUCCCCUAUUAAUGACAAUAGAACCGAAGUUAUAUCCUCGGCUGCAAAUGUAAUCACUGAAAGGCCAGAGAUGAACAGCGGAGGAAGAAAACAGAGGCACAAAAUGGAGAGAACGCACAAGUGUGGGCCUGUAGAAACACCCACCACUUGUCUUAGUCACACUCUCCAACAAAUUGACAACAGUCUCUCCAGGCUCUCUGAGGGCUUGUGUUCAUCCCAGACUUUGGAAAAACCAGCAGCCUGUUCCAGCUCUUCUAACUCUGUCAUCCAGCCCCCGUCUCAGUCUCCUCCAUUCACAAUUGCGGAUAACAUGCUUUCCGGUGAGCCCAACUUCACAAACUGCUGCGAAGAUCUGCUGGACUUUCAGUGUCUCAACUUUGAGGGGUAUUAUCAGCCACAGAACAUACUCCCAUCUUCCCCUUCAGAUCUGUGUUCACUGGAUCCACCGACAGAUCCCUUCAGCAGUCCCCUCUCCCACAGCCCCUCUGAUACGUGGACCACUGAAACGCCGUACCUUGGCCCUCCUAGUCCGGGAAAUAACUUCACUAGUGAGGAUCUACAGUUUUUUCCAGGUCUAAUUUCUUCCAAAAGUGACUCUGUUCCUCUGGAAUGUGAAGCGAAGGAUGCCUCCAAAGACAGAAACCCACCCAACACCAGUUACAGUUUCUCAGCUCUCUGUAACUCAGAGUUAAGUGCGAAAGAUCGAAUUAUGAGUAAAAAUCCAGGAAUGAGGCUUUCCAAAGAAGAUUUCAAAACUCAGCCUUUCUCUGUUGUUGGCAAGCCUCGUUUAUUUGGAGCAUCACAAUCUUCUGUUACAUCUCAGACUCCUGUUACUUUUUCCCAGACCCCAAUUAACGUCAAGGCGAGCACCAGCCAGUUAAGAGCCCAGUCUCACUUUAAAACCCAGGGGCCCUUCCAUCGUAUGACCAUUCCCAAUAAAUCCCAGCGCCUUUCCAGUUGUCAGCCAAACACAGUCAGAGGAGUGUCUCAGAGCUGUUUGCCCAAAUCCGUCCAACCAUCUCAAAUGCCUAACAACAAAUUCUCAUCUCCUCAACUCUUCACUAUGAAAAAUCCCAAUCCUCCUGAAAGCCCUUUCAACUACCACGAGAAACCCUCUACAGUUAUUCACCGGGUGCUUAAGUUUCAGGGGGGGAACCCGACUCAGAACUUGUACAGCGCACCUUGUAAGGACGCCAUGGCUGCUGGCAGCCCAAACGUCAUGUCCAGAACACUCAGCGCAAAAUCAGGUGCUUUUGACAAGACGCAGCACAGUCAGAAACAAGGCAUCAAUACAGAAGGUCAUCAUAAAAACAACAUGUCCUUUCAAGGGUUUGGAAAGGAUGUCGACCAUAUCGGUCCUUCCAGCAACCCAAGCAGGUCCAACAUUAAUUUCAACAAGCCCAACACCUCUUUCCCUCAGUCUUUUAACAGGAGUAAGAUGUCAUCUGACAAACAUGAAAGCGGUGAAAUCAAUAUGACGUACAAAAACUUUUCUGCGCUGCCGAGACCUUUCUUCUUUCCUAGCAAAAUGUCGGAGGGUUAUUCAUCACAACAAGACAAGAGUUUGAAACAGGAUAAAUCGACUCCGUUGAACUCUCACAAACACCAGCCGUGUUACCCUCAGCAGGACCCGUUUGAUUUCAGCUUCGGCUCGUCUCUUUCGCCCAUGUCUCAGCACAACAGCCCCCACGUGGCCCACAGCACGCCUCCUGCUACGCCGACACCAGCAAACAAAAGUCAGUCAUCAACAUCCUCAGCCUCUUUACCUUACGGCUAUCAAGGCCCCCCUUACGUACUGAACUUCAGCGGAGACCAUUCGUUGACCCUGGGUCUCAGGGACGGUGCUGAUGGUUACCCGGGUCUAGGCUCGACAAACUACACCUACCAUUGCUUGAUGGAACCUUCAGGCACCCAAGGGCGGCUGGUUCUCGAGCCCUGCGGUCCCCAGAUGUCUAACCCAGCGUCAUUUUCUCUGGGUGGGUUUGGGCUCAAAGGUCAGGACGAACACUGCAGGAAGGACAUGCAGCAACAGUGUCAGCCUGGAGACCACCAAGGCGCCCCACACUAUGGACCUGUUCCCCCGUCUCACUCCACGGGUGCCACGAAACCCAAAAGAGUUAGGUUAGUGGUGACGGACGGCACAGUCGACUUAGAUCUCCAGUACUCGGACUGAUUUAUACCUGCCGGAGUCACUGGAUCCCAGAAUAUCUUUUGUUGUAUUUUAAAAAAAGAGAUAAAAUAGCAUCUGCCACAAAAUGUUUGUAUAAUUCAUAGUCUACCAGUUAUUAAAGCCCACUGACUGAUUGACCUUUUUUCUAAAUGAUGAUACAUUUUGAUGGACUGUUAAUGUAUAAAAUGACUUGUACAGGGUUUUAUGUACAGUGUGCGCAUCAGCCUAUUAGAGUAAAGUAUCCACUACAAUUUGCUGAGCAGACCAAAUUAAAUAUUCAUAAACAAAGCAUUUAAUAUAUUUGUGACCACAAGUUUGAACUUACAGGCUCUGUAUUGAUUGAAAGCCCUCUUACUUGUACUGUAACAUAGCUGUAUGAAUUUUUCUAUACAAUGUAUGGCAGUAGACACAGGAGCACCAUCAUCGGUUGCUGGUACUUGUACUGGUGGGUUUUAAAAAGGCAGCUUUGUGCCUCAGUCUUUGAUAUGUUCUUGUGUGACUUUUUGAAGAACCUGUUGAAACAGUCUACCCUCGGUUUUUUUUUUUAUACUCACAGUAAGCUCUUUUCUCACUUUGUGCGUGUGUUAGCGUGCGUGUGUGUGCAUGCGUGUGUGUGUGUGACAGGCAGGUCUCGAGGGAUCAAAGUUUAAGGUACAGUGUGUUGUCGUGCCUGAUCACGUGACAGUUGCUAUGCCAGAUUCAAGUACGAUCAUUAGUCAUUUAGUGCAUAAAUGAGAGGCUUGUGCAUGAACUGUGUACAGUAAAAUGAUUUCCAGACCUAAAACAAUAUAUAUAUCUGCACAUAUAUAUAUAUAUAUAUUCCAGGACAACUCUACUGGGUGAAGAAAUGCGUGACAUGAAUUGCAGCCUUUCACAGCUGCUCUCUUUAGUACUUGUGGGUGGGUGGGAGAAACUGCAAUUUGUUCUGUGAGGCCAGUAAUGGAUCGAGAUGAGAUGUUGGUAAUGGGAGUUCUCCCAGUUGGAAGUUAAAAGACCACUUUUACAUCACAAAAAAAAAAAAGUAGGAAAAAAAAAAGUGACAAUCUUCUCACUGAGUAGCUCACUUUUGCAGUUUAUUUGGGGUUUUUUUUCCCGCCGCCCCUUCUCAAGCAGUUGAUGGUUAUUUUACAGGAAGAAGAGAAAGUUGAGUUGUGCGUUAGUUUGUUAUUUUUCUGUUGUUUUUCUGAUGGAGCUACAAGUUCAUAGGUGUUUAUAUUGUAACCAGAGUUAUUUGCUGUUGAUUGUGGAAGUUAACGUGAGCAUUCCCCCUCACGUCCUAAUGUACUGUAUGUUGAAACCCAUUUAACAUCAUUCAGCAGGAGUGUUCAGUGUGUCUGCACAGCCUUACAUUACUACCAUGAAAAUGUACUGUCUCGAUAUGGAAAGGCCAAUUAUUUAUUUUGAUAUCCUCAUUCUUGAAAAUGGUGCUUUAAUGUAAUUUAUAUUUCACGUUGAUUGUUCAAACUAUUAUAAAUGUUUUUUAUCAUUUAUUUAAUGGGACAAAAAUAUUGAACUGAAUAUUUACAUUGAGUAUUUAAUUUCACAAUCCUUGGACAGUUUAUCCAGUUCAUGUUUUCAGUUGUUACAGGUAAAACUUUGUCUGUUUUUCUAAAUUGGCAGUUAGUCUUAUUGAAAGUCUGCUGUAGAAAUGUACAAAUGUAGCCUAUAUCAUUAAAGACACUUAAUUCUU